CUCAUGCUGUUAAUGGAGCUAUUAUUUUGUCUCGUAACAAUAUAUCAUCAGCUACUUAUUACUAUGGAACAAUUAGAGUCUAUCAUAAUGGAUGGGGUAACAUAUGUGAUGACUACUAUUAUAAUUCAGCUGAAGCUAAUGUCAUUUGUCAUCAGUUGGGAUACACUGGAUAUUCUAGCUACUCUAGAGCUGGUCGUGUCAGUUAUGGUACAGACUAUCUCUCUAUGAAAUGGGAUGAUGUUAACUGUGCCAGUAGCAGCUAUUUAUCUAUUGCUCAAUGUUCCUACUCUACUAACAUUGACAGUGGUUGUGUUAAUAAUAACAGUUAUGAUGCUACUGUAUACUGCUAUACUACUAGAAUUUGGAACAGUAAUCCAUAUGCCGGUAUGGUACGUCUUCAAGAUGGAGAUUAUUCUAAUGAAGGACGUGUUGAGGUUUAUUGUAAUGGACAGUGGGGGAUGAUAUGCAGUGAUGGGUUUGACUCAAAUAAUGCUAAUACUAUAUGCAAGCAACUGGGAUAUGAUUCUUAUGACAAAUUUAAUCACACCUCAAUAUUUAAUAACACUAUUCAGCCUAUAUGGAACACUAACAUGUAUAGUACAGCAAGUCAUAGGUGUUUUGGUUCCGGAAACACUUGCCCAUCAGCUUCAGUGACCAACUGCUCUCAGUUAAAUGAUGUUACACUUACAUGCAGAGACAUUUCAUCUUCUUCCAGACAAACUGUUACUCAGUCCACUUGUUCUGGACUUAUUCUUAACUCUGUUUCAAAAGGAGCACUCGUUUUGACUCGCGACAACGUACCAUCACCUUCUUAUUACUAUGGAACUGUUAGAGUGUAUUAUAAUGGAUGGGGUAACAUAUGUGAUGACUACUAUUAUAGCUACACUGAAGCUAAUGUCAUUUGUCAUCAGUUGGGAUACACUGGAGCUUCAAGCUACUCUAGAGCUGGACUAACAAGUUAUGGUACAGACUAUCUCUCUAUGAAAUGGGAUGAUGUUAACUGUGUCACUAGCAGCUAUUUAUCUAUUGCUCAAUGUACCUACUCUACUUACAUUGACAGUAGUUGUGUUAAUAGUAACAGUUAUGAUGCUACUGUAUACUGCUAUGUCACUAGAAUCUGGAACAGUAAUCCAUAUGCUGGUAUGGUACGUCUUCAAGGUGGAAAUUAUUCUAAUGAAGGACUUGUUGAAGUGUAUUGUAAUGGACAAUGGGGGACAAUAUGCAGCACUGGAUUUGGUACAAGUGAUGCUAAUACUAUUUGUAGGCAGCUUGGAUAUGACUCUGGUUCAAGGAGAUAUGAUUCAUUAUAUGGCAAUGCAAGUCAGCCUAUCUGGAGUACUAACAUGUACAGACAUCUGGGUAGAGACAAGACAACCCAAAGGAUAUUAAGGAGAUUCUAUUGGCCUACUUUAUUUAAAGAUGUGAGACUCUAUUGUGAAGCUUGUAAAGAUUGCCAGCUACAUGCAAAUCACAAGAGGAAGGCUCCAAUGAUACCUUUACCCAUAAUAGGAGAACCAUUUAAGAGGAUUGCCAUGGAUAUUGUAGGACCGCUACCAAGAACCAGUCGUGGAAACCGAUUCAUUCUAGUGAUAAAUGAUUACGCAACAAGAUACCCAGAGGCAUUUCCUUUAAGGAAUAUUACUGCAAAGAAAGUAGCUGAAGUGUUGAUUGAGUUAUUUGCUAGAUAUGGAAUUCCUGAAGAAAUAUUGACAGAUCAAGGUUCAAAUUUCACAUCAAGCUUGCUGGGAGAGCUACAUCAUCUCAUGGGGGUCAAAGCAAUCAAGACCAGUCCAUACCAUCCACAGACCGAUGGCCUCGUGGAAUGA